AGCUCUAAGUCUCUCCACUCGUUGCUGCCCCUCCUCCCUCCGACGGUAUAGGGAGACGAUUUAGGACCAACGAGGCUAUAGUUCUUCGGGUAGUCCGUGCGAAGAUGUUUCUUGUAGCCUGUAACGUACACUUUAUUUGUCAGCCGUUCACGUUCUGAGGAGUUUACAAUGGGUUCAACCAAGGGAACACGACGUAGUCUAUAUAGUUAGGGGAGCGUGUCUGACUGACUUGUCUCCGUAGACAAAAUUCGCUUUGUUCGCCAAAAAAAAAAAGAGACCGUUACAUAUUGGGCUGUAAAAUGGACGAUUCAGUUAAGGGAAAUAAGUCUGAUGGUGAGACCGAAUCUCCAGAAGACGAAGAAGUUGACCCAAGAAUUCAGGGAGAACUGGAGAAAUUGAAUCAAUCUACAGACGACAUCAACAGAUGGGAAUCGGAUCUAGAGGACUCCAGGAAAAGGUUCCGUGCUGUCCUGGUGGAGGCCACACUCAAGUUGGAUGAGCAGGUGAAGAAGAUUGGCAAAGCAGUGGAAGACUCUAAGCCAUACUGGGAGGCACGGAAAGUAGCUCGACAGGCCCAGGUUGAAGCUCAGAGAGCCACACAAGAGUUCCAGAGGGCCAUAGAGAUCCUACGUGCGGCCAAGGAGACCAUCGCCCUGGCUGAGGAACGGCUUUUGGAGGAGGACAGCCGGCAGUUUGACUCGGCCUGGCAGGAGAUGCUCAACCACGCCACCCAGAGGGUGAUGGAGGCAGAGCAGAGCAGGACCCACAGCGAACUAGAGCACAAGGAGACGGCGGCCAGGUACACGGCAGCCGUCAAUCACGUGCGACAGCUGGAGAAGAAACUCAAACGCACAGUCAAUAAGUCACGGCCAUAUUUUGAAUUAAAGGCCAAGUAUUACCUUCAGCUUGAGCAACUCAAGAGGCGCGUGGACGAGUGUCAGGCAAAGCUGACGCAGGCCAAGGCGGAUUACCGCUCCGCCCUGUGCACCCUGGAGGCCAUCUCCGACGAGAUCCACACCCGCCGCCGCCUCACCGCCAUGGGGCCCCGCGUCUGUGGUGUGGGUGCAGAGAGGGACAUGAUGGACGGCGACAUCGCAAACUUCAAAACGGAGUCGGACGGCAUAUCCGUGAUGUCCGAGACCUUCGAGGAGAGUUGUAAUGGCGUGACGUCAGAAGAGGACCCGGAGACGCAGUCCACCUGCAGCCUGAGCUCCAACUCCACCCCUGUGAACCUGCCCCGCCCCUACCUUGCCACGCCGUCUUCUCCCUACCCUUUGUUGUCAUCGUCGUCGUCCUCCUCCACCACCCCCUCGCCCCGCCCCAGUGACCCGGAGCUACCCAGCCCAGACUCGCUGGAGUGUUUGGACCUCGCCUCAGCCACCCUGGGCCCUCGCCGCGAGUGCAGCGGUGCGUCCUCGCCUGAGUGCGAGCGGGAGAGAGGCGAAAGGGCAGAAGGGAAGCCAGAGAACACUACGUAGCAGGGAGCCCUGGAGGGCGGCGUGAGCUGCCUGUCGCUCCAGCACGUGGUCGACAGCGAGACAGAGGACGACGCCCUCACCCCUGUGGCCCACAUCCUGACACCAGUCCUGCUGCUCCACUCCGUCUAAACCGAAGGACCCGAUCAGCCCCUGGCACUCGCGCACACCCCCGUGCUUCCAGACUCGCACGUACGGAGAGACUCCACGUUUCACCGAGUGGGGAAAGCAGCGGCUCUGAAAACGAACCCAGAGACACUUACAGAGACAGUGGUGGGAAGUGGGUAUGUAGACAUCGGUCUGCAUGCGACUGCACGUGUACCUGGUGCUGUCGAGCACAGAUCAAAUGCCCAUGUCUUCCUGAACUACAUACAUUGCCACACUGUUACUCCAAUUUGCUGACCUUUGCAGUAUUAACAUAUAAGCUCGUUUUGUUUUUUAUAUGUAGCUGCUGUGGUGUAUAGUACUGUCCAAAUGUUCUCCUAUGGAAUUUAAUCUUGAAUGUUAUACUCUGAACUAAAGUAGUGAAGAGCUCUAUAUUUAUAUUCAGUGUUUGUUACCAUUAUUGUUCAUUGAUGUAAUAAACACAGGCUCAUGCCAAUUGCCACA